CGCGCCCACCGUUUCUCAUGCGUGCGUGUGUGUGUGUGCGUGCGUGCGUGUUGGUGUGUCGUAUGAAUUGUGGCGACCAGCGAAAAUAAAUAAAUAUAAAUAAAUGCACAUUGCGACCGACGGUGAGCCGUGCGUGCAGCCAGAUGGUGCAGUUGGAUGACCCCAGAGAGCAGAUUGACCCAGCGCACAACGCCAGCCGACAGGCAGCCACAACAGCAACAGCAGCAGCAGCUGCAAUAGCAAUAGCAAUAGCAACAGCAACAGCAACAGCAACUACAAAAACAAGAGCAACGGCGAUCGCUGCUGGAACACACACACACGCGCACACACAGGUAAUCCGAACGAAGAGAGCGGCACGCACAUAGCAUAUAAAUAAUAACGGUAACGCAGCCAGCAGACAGGAAGUAGCGAAUAAUUGAAUAUUCCAGCGACGUAGACAGCAGCGGUCACGAGGAUAGUUACUGCUGCUUAGCUGCUGGUGGCGGAUCGCCGGUUUGGAACAAUGGCCACGGGCAGCGCCGGCGGCGGCGGCGGACUGGGAGUAGGCUCCACGGACCACCACAAGCGCAACACCUUCACCAGCUAUGUGGCACCGCUGCCCGGCGAUAUGCGCGCCACAGCGGACACCAAUGAAUGGUGCCUGCCCAGCGAUCUGCGGGACGUGCAUCUGGCCAAACCGCGUCUGCUGCAGGGCGAGCAAAUUGUGGCCUCCGCCCCGGCCUACAUGUACUCCUCCAUCGAUCCUAUGGAUAGUGGAAGCGGGGGCGGUGGCGGGGGCAGUGGCGGAAGCGGAAGCGGGAGCUCCUAUUCAUCUUCAGCAACCGCUGUUGUGGAUGGCAAUUCGCACAAGGAGGCCACCUUUGGACUACUGAGCGUGACCAAUUUCAAGCUGGCCUUUGUGCCGCUGCACGCGAAACGUAAUCCCGCCGCCGCACCACUUGUGGAUCUCUACCAGGAGAACGCGUACCUGGGCCGCAACGAGAUCACGCUGAACAACAUCGAUCAUAUCUAUACCAUUGCGGAGCUGGGACGGGCGGCCAGUGCGCUGCAGGCGGCGCGCGGCAUGGCCAAUCAGCAUGGCAGUCGGCGCAAGAAGCUGGAGCCCUUCAAGCAGCACAACAUUAGCGGAAGGAUCGCCGCCCUGCACAUUGUGUGCAAGAACUUUCGCCUGCUGAAGUUCGCCUUCCAGCAGCAGGACUCCAAGUUGUUCGGGGCAAGUGAUCAGGGCAAGCUGAUAGCCUCGGCCCUGGUCCGUUUUGCCUAUCCCAUGCGUCACGACCUGAGCUUCGCCUAUGCCCACCGGGAGCCGUACUAUUCGACACUGGGCGCCUCCGGCACCAGCAUGUAUGCGACGAAGAACGACUGGGCCAGGGAGCUGAUCCGUUGCGGCGCCACCGAGUGGCAGGUGGUGAGCAGCGCCAGCGUUCAAUUGCUACAGAAUCCGCUCCAGGCGAGCAAGUACUCGGUGCCGCCGCAUUUCGUCAUACCGAAGAGCUGCAGUGUGGAUCGCUUUCUCGACUUGUCGCGCGCCUUCUGCGAUUCACGCGCCGCCUUCUGGACGUACAGCUAUGGCGGCAGUGCGGCCCUGGUCAGAUUGGCCGAACUGCAGCCGGCGGCGCAGCAGGACACUAAGUCGGAGAACGUGAUGCUGGAGCUGGUGCGCAAGUGCGAUGUGGGGCGACAGCUCAUUCUGCUGCAGCUAACGGACCGACUGCCGAGCAUCCAGGAUGUGCUGCGGGCGUACCACAAGCUGCGGCGCCUCUGCACACCGGAAACGCCCGAGAAGUUCAUGCUGCAGGAUGACAAGUACCUGGGAUUACUCGAAAAGACCAACUGGCUGUUCUAUGUGUCGCUGUGCCUGCGCUACGCCAGUGAGGCGGCCGCCACGCUGCGCAGCGGCGUCACCUGUGUCCUCCAGGAGUCCAAUGGUCGCGAUUUGUGCUGUGUGAUCAGCAGUCUGGCACAAUUGCUCCUCGAUCCGCACUUUCGCACCAUCGAUGGCUUUCAGUCGCUGGUGCAGAAGGAGUGGGUGGCCCUGGAGCAUCCGUUUCAGCGGCGAUUGGGCCAUGUGUAUCCCGCCCAGCCAGCCGGCGGCAGUGCCGAGCUCCUGGAGAGCGAACAGAGCCCCGUGUUUCUGCUCUUCCUCGACUGCGUGUGGCAGCUGCUGCAGCAGUUCCCCGACGAGUUUGAGUUCACGCAGACGUAUCUCACCUCGCUGUGGGACGCCUGCUUCAUGCCCAUCUUCGACACCUUCCAGUUCGACACGCAGGCGCAGCGCCUGAAGGCGGUGCGCGACUCGCAGCUGGUGCUCCGUCCCGUCUGGGAUUGGGGUGAGCAGUUCUCGGACAAGGACAAGAUGUUCUUCAGCAAUCCGCUCUACCAGCGCCAGAGGAGUGAUCUUGCUGCCAAUUCCUCGGCCGCGUUGGCUCAUCGUCGAUCUCUGGCUGUUGGUGGUGGUGCUGCUGGUGGUGCUGCUGGUGGUGGUAAGGGAAGCCAUGGUGGUGCCACACCCUCCAGGAACACCAUCAAUCCGCAGCUAUUCGCGACGGCUUCGUCGGUGCCGCAGGAUCGUUUCCUGCAGCCGGCACACCGGAUCUUCGACCUGCAAGUGUGGGAUCAGUGCUACUAUCGUUGGCUGCCCGUCCUGGACAUUCGCGGCGGUGGCCAGUCGCAGGUGGAUCUGUUCCAUCGCCUGCUGCUGAGCAACAUUGCCAAGGUGCAGCGGUGCCUGGAGUUCCAGAACUACGAUGAUCUGCCGGAUGCCUUCUACGAGGCCACCGGAGAGUCGAGGUCAGCCAUUCAGCAAGCGAACAGGGAGGAUGAGGCUGAGUUUGUGGAUGGCGUUGAGCGGCGCCGGAAGGCUAAGGCGGCGACGCCCACAAACGGUCUAAACUCGGUCAGCGGGAACUUGCAGCUAUCGACGCUAUCGUCCUUCUUUCCCUUCGGCAAUCCCAUUGCCGGGGAUGCACCGCAUCAACUGUACGACGUCCUGAGCAGCAGCAGCGAGCUCCUGAUGGAGACCUCCUCCUUCCUGGACAAGUCCUCCAUUGUCUGAUCCACACACAACCACAACUCGUUCCACUUUUUUUCCUUUCAACGCGCUGAACUUUCGAAGUAUUACAAACAACAAAAAAAAAAAAAAAAAACAAAACAAAAAAGAAAAGAAAACAUUUAAAAGAAAAAAUCCUUUCACACAUACAUGGCAUAUCGCUAUUUAACACUUUUGAUUAUUGUUAACUAAUAAGCAAGUUAUGGUAUAAGUUUUUUUUAUUUCGUUUUACUACCACUAAACUGCAACGCUGCAUAAGAAAAAAGUGUAACAUUGACUAAAUACUAAAUACUAAAAUAAUAACAACAAAUCGUAACGACAACCAAUCGACGAGAAACGAAAUCUACAAAAAAAAAAACGAAGCGUAAAAUAAAACACCAACUAAAUCAAUAUGUAUUAUAUUGUAUGUAACUAAAUAUAUGAAAAUAUAUCAAUAUGUAUAUUUAAAUAAAUCAAAAUUGUAAAAUCAAA